UUUAAAGCACAGAAGAAGAAGCCGUUUCCACGUGAGUCCGCGGCAGCAUGUCGCCUCCAGGAGGGAAGAUCAACCGACCGAAGACCGAGUUGGGGAAGAAGCUUUUCAAGCGGCGGCGAGUUCUGAGCCGAGAGAAGAGGAAGAGGCAUCAGAUCGUUGGAGCGGUGGUGGACCAGGGCCUGAUCACGAGCCACCACCUGAAGAAGAGGACGUCGAGUCCCAGAGCGAACAUCACGCUGUCCGGGAAGAAGAAACGCAAACUGCUGAAGCAGCUGCAGCACCUGCAGCAGGAGAAGGCCGGUAUGGAAGUGGAAGCAGCAGCACAGAAGAAGCAGGAAACGCCGUCGGCUCCGACCAAGAAGAAGAAGAAGAAGAAGGCGAGCGGCGGUCAGGAGGACGUGGAGAUGGCCGACGCUGAGUGACGAGGCCGUUUGCUUCUCAGCUGAGACUCUAACGGACGACCAGGACGCUGCUGGUCGGAGUCUGGAGGACGACCUGACGUCUGAGGGACACGAGGAGAUGUGGAGGACCGUCUGUAGCCAGAACGUCUGGAAAGUUCUGAACGAUUCAAACAUAUAAAUCAGUGUUCUGAUCUGAACUCUUCUGGUUCCAGCUUCUGUCUGUGUCCUGGUGUGAAGGAAGCUGCUUGGCUUCAGCUGCUCGACCAGUUUUUAUGUCUUUAAGAAGUUUAAUGUUGAAUUAAAUUCCCUGUAUUUUAUGAACGUG